AUGGAUCUCCACUGCGCGGCGCAAAAAAUUCUCCGCUGUCUCUGUCUCGAAGUCUCUCUCCGACAAACCACCGGUGCUCAGUCAACGCGCAUCAACCAUCCACCAACCUCGGCCAACAAUAGAUUCACUCCUAAUCGUCCGCGUUCACUCACUGAGUCAAGAGAAGGUCUUGACACGUUCUCCGAUUUCGCAUGCGGGAUUGAAUUAUCGAGGGACCGUGUAGCGUCAAGAGAUCGCCGGAGAAUGAGGGGUCUGGUAGUCAGGUAUAAAGUUUUGCAGCCAAAGGAAUCGGGAUCGGAAACACAUCAAGGGACACAUUCACCGUCAGUGGAUACGAGUGGGCAAUCUAUUUCUACCCCGGAGGACUAUUCGGCUUACGUCUCCGUUUUCAUCGCAUUGGCUAGCGAUGGCACCGAUGUAAGAGCUCUCUUUGAGCUUUUGUUGUUUGAUCAUAGUGGCAAAGGGAAGCAUAAGGUUCAUAGCCACUUCGAAUUUAUGGUUAUCUUUAAUCCGCAGAGGAAUACUAUUUAUGCUCGCGUUGAUUCCGCUCUACGCAGAAUCCGUGAAACAUCAGAGGCAGUACAAAACUUUGCAUCUGAUUACCUCAAGACACCACUUGGAGAGCCAGUGAAAGACAAAAAGAACAAAACCAAAACAGAGCUAUGGGUUGAGACAUUCUACAAGAAGACAACCACAUUGCCUGAGCCUUUCCCACAUGAGCUAGUUGAAAGAUUGGAGAAAUAUCUAGACACGGUAGAGGAACAACUGGUGGAUCUGUCUUCUUUGCUAUACGACCACAAACUAUACGUUGCUCAUCUCAACAGCUCAGCGAUUCUUCAGACCACCAUGUACGUAGAACAUGUAUUGGAAACAGAGAGGGAGAACAUGAGAUGCUGUAAGAUAGAGUACAAAUACACAGUCAGAGUCAAGUCUUAUCAAACGUUGGUGUACGGAGGGAUACUUGUAGCAGGUUUUCUUGUGUAUUUCCUUGUCACCUUCUUCUCUUCCCCUCCUGCUCGCUGA